AUGCUGGAGAUGCUGGCGGACUACCUGAAGAGGAGGUGGGAGAGGAAGAUAAAGGCGGAGGAAGAUGCUGCCAAGAAGGCACUUCAUGAGAAUUUAUCAGAUGCUCUGUCCCCAUCACUCGCGGCGGAUUCUGCCUCAAGCUGGCGCCCGAGCCCUAUCGUGUGGUCGAUGAAGCGGAGUGUGAGAUUUUGCAAUUUUGGACCUAGGUCGGGUGGCGCGGUGGUCAAGGCAUCUGCGGAGGAGGAAACGGGUGCGGUGGAUAUAGAUAUACCAAGAUUUGGGUUUGGUUUGUGGGGUUUGAUGCUCGACUUCACAUUUGAAUUGUAUCUCAAGGCCACAGAGGAGGAAGUGUUGCUUAAUGUGAGAAAAUGGCUUGAGAAAGGUGCUGUUGCAGGUUGGGAUAAGGUCAUAUUGAAAUUCAAAGACAAAAGCCUAUGCAAGAGAUUGUCAAAUCCUGAUUGGUUUCCUGUGACACCGAUG